AUGGGCAACUCUUGCGCCAAAGGUGCUGGCCGGUCAAACCCAUGUCUGGCCAAUGCCACACCUCCUCCAGGUUCUCCAGGGGAGCAGACAACCUCCAAUGCUAAGACAACGUCCAAUGGCACACCUUCCCCAGGAGAGCAGACAACGUUCAAUGCCAAGACAACGUCCAAUGCCACACCUUCUCCACGGGAGCAGACAUCCUUCAAGUGGGUCAUUGAUGGUUUCUCCUCGCUUCUUGACAAGGAUCAAGGAUGGACACAAUCCACAGUAUUUGAGAUCAUGGGCGUAAAAUGGUAUCUGAAACUGAAUCCAAAGUACAAAAAGAUCAUUGGUAAGGAGGAGUAUGUCUCUCUCAGGCUUGAACUGCCGCAGGGUUCAGUGAUACUUGACACUAUCGUUGAGGCAUCUUUCAAGUUCAUGAUAUAUGAUCAGUCCAAUGGAAAGCACAAGAAGCAGCUAGUUAACCACAGCUUCCAGACUGCAAGUACGAGCUCUGGCAUCUCAUGCAUGUUACCCUUGAAAACACUAAACAAACAGUCCUCUGGAUUUCUUGUCAACAACAGUUGCAUAUUUGGUAUUGAGUUCAUCAAAGUUGCCACUAUCAAAGCCAACACGGCGUUAGAAACACUGUUUGUAAGGAAGAUGAACGUCUUCAACGAGGCCAAAGUUUACACUUGGAAAAUUGAGGAUUUGAAAAUUGAGGAUUUCUUUGCUCCGAAGAACCGAUCCUACUCACCAGAGUUCGAAAUCGGUGGAUACACAUGGUCUAUCACUAUGUAUCCAUCUUGCGAUGGUAACGAUGUGUCCUUAUUUCUGAAAAUGAAGAAGACAAAUGAUGUCCCCAAAGACUCUGGGAACCUGGUCGAAUUUACUUUAUCCAUCAAAGACCAGGAAAACAGCAAGGACAAGAAAUUACCAGGCAGGUGCCAGUUCUCAAACCAGUAUCCUUGCUGGGGAUGGAAUAAGUUCAUCUCGCUGGAGGAUUUCAAGGACACAUCAAAGGGUUAUCUCAUCAAAGGCAAGAGUUGCAUUGAGGCCAAAGUCGCAAUCAAUGGCUCUUCCAAGACAGAGUACUCUCAGUAA